AUGAUGGUGUCUGACGAGAAGAGCAUUACUUUUGGACGUCAGGGACCCUCGAGGGAGAGAAUCAUCACAAUUAUGAUAUUAGCUGUCGCGACGAUCAUUUUCAUCGUUGGAAUCGCGUUGAUUGCUGUUGCAGCAAAAGAAAAAGGAAAAGAUGACGGAACAUCAGGUACGAAUGCGGCCGCCGCAGCCCCAUCAGACAAAUCAGCGAAAUGUGAUUAUUCAGAGGAAGCAAAACGAGUGGGGCUUGGUGAAUUCCUCGAUAAAGUCAAGUCAUCGUAUUAUAAACUCCAUCCUUAUGUAGUUUAUGAUGACCCAGAUGUCACCCCUGAGAGAAUCAAAAAAGAAUACGUCGCCUACGAUCCGAGGCCCUCUCUGAUCAAAACUCGAACGGACGCUUCCUUAAACUUGCUAAAGGAAAUCAACAAGAAGGACAUAAACAAAGCUGCAUUGAAACCAAGAGAAAAGAAAGUUGUGGCCCAAGUGAAGCACUAUCUUCAACACGUAUUCGGUCAACCUUUUGAUGUCAAUUACUACGCUGGAGAUUGGAUGAUGGGACCGAACAAACGCUGCUGGCAGGAAAUCUGCAACAUCGGAAGGGCAGUGCAAAACGGACUGGGUCGUUAUUUUAAACCUAAUGAUGCAUCGGAUGUUGAGCUAAUAGAGACGAAACUUAAGACUUUUAACGCUAGCAUUUUGCAGUACAUCGAAAACAUGAAGAUGGGAAUACGUAAAGGAAUGGUAAGAAGUAAGGAAGCGUGCGAGGUUGGAUUUAAAGCUUUAAGAUCCAAGUACAUGAAGGUUUACCUAAACAACGAAACAGGUAUG